GGUCAGAGACUGCAAACAUACUACAGGAGAUGAUCAGUGACUGCAGACAUACUACAGGAGAUGGUCAGAGACUGCAAACAUACUACAGGAGAUUAUCAGAGACUGCAGGAAUAAUAGAGGAGAUGGUCAGAGACUGCAGACAUGAUACAGGAGAUGGUCAGAGACUGCAGACAUAGUACAGGAAAUGGACAGAGACUACAGACCUGCUACAGGAGAUGGUCAGAGACUGUAGACAUACUACAGGAGAUGGUCAGAGACUGCAAACAUACUACAGGAGAUGGUCAGAGACUGCAGAAAUAAUACAG